UGGGGCAUAACUUCAUGCACCCCUGGUCUUCUUGCCUGGGGUUGGGUCGCAUUAAUCUUCAUUCUGUCCCCGGACACUUCAUUCACCAAAGAUGGAGUUGGUGUGAAAUCCUGCCUACCAUAUGCAGCGAUGUUUACAGCCUACAAGCAGCUGUGA